AUCGCUUUUUUAAAAAAGUGGACGAACAACACAGCCGACAAGCGAGAUGACAUGUCACUACAACAUGUAAGCUACCCGGCAACUUUGCUGAACUUUAUAAGAAUAGAAUAACCAUGUAAAUAAAAAAACGGUUACCCAUUCCUGCUUCUUGAUUGUGCAUGACUGUGCGCUUCCAAGCGUGCUGCGGGGACGUCUAAUCAUGUAAUUAUGACAACAUAUACAGAGCCAGGCUACAGCUACACUACACUUACACGUCAACUGUAGUAGCUAGCAUAGAGAAUAACAAUAAGUAUAAGAUGGCAGGCUUCAGUCCCAGCAUGUUCCUGUUUGGGAACAUGAUCGCGGGUGGGGCCGCAGUCCUCUUUCGAAAUUACAUGGAUAGCGUGGAGAGCAAUUGCCAAUACUACAUGCAGGUAACUAAAUGUAAAGUUUUUCGUAGUCGUAAACGUAAUAGUAGAGACUUCGCAAGUUGUAGUAGAAGUUUUUUGCAUAAUAUUCUUUCUCAGUACUAAAAAUCUACACAUACUAACUUUUUGUCGAUGCAGCUGCGAAUUUUGUAUGAGAGAGCAUCAUUUUCUAGAGCAGGACGUAAUAAUCGAAUAAUCCUUGAUCGAAGAUAACUUUGAUGACGACUUCUCGGGUUCGUUGGCUUGGAAAAUGCAAGUCAACUACUUUGUCAGCAACAACUUACUUAGUCAACUACCCAACAACUUUUUCAGGUUGGCAAGGGUUGGCAAGGGCAGCUGGCGAACGGGAGGAGGGAGAUAGUGCAAUUCAGCCUCAUGCAACAGUGGAAUACUGCGCUCUUAGUGUUACACAAAACUUUGUGGAUGUAACAUUUAUAUUUAUUUAAUCCAAAUGCAAUUUUUUAAUCCACCAAAAACUACAAGGGGCGACUACUUCUAAAUCUACAUUAAGAUGACGGAGAUGAAAAGAAACGAAGAAUUUGCCCCUGCCCUUGCUGUCUUGCGUAAAGAGCGGUUCUCUGUUUGUUUGAAGAGCCAUCUUUUCUUUGUUCCUCACAUGGAGGUUGAUUUGGCACCAUUGAUAUUCUUGAGCUGCUAUUUGGAUCUUGAUAUUCCUGCGCAGUUGCUCUCUGACAAGAGCACGACUGACGCAAGACACCAAAGAUGUAGACUUUCUUUAUGACGCUCGUCAUAAUUCUAAUUGCAACAGUCAGUAAUUAAACCCACAGAAUGACGCAACUGCGCCCUCUCCACGUUGGAUGUGUGUUCGCCCUCUUCUACUUCGUCCGGACAGAAUGCAGUCGCGCGCUCCAGUUGUUCGUCUUCUCUGUUAUUCGAGAAGCACAUGCUGUUUUUGGACGACCUAGUCAACCCGUG